AUGGCGGCCGACGCUGCGCCGCCGCCGGCGGAAACCGCCGCCGUCGCCACCACCAACAGCUGCGGCGAGGCGCUGGUGCGGAGGCCGCGGGCGGUGGCUCAGAAGCUGGCGUGCGAGCGGCGGGGCGUCGGCGACGGCUUCGCGGUGUGGAGUGGCGUCGGGAGGCCCGAGCUCCACAGCCUCGACCCUCUCAUCUCCCUCUACGAGUUCGAAUUUUCUCCACCAGCAGGCUUUCAUGACCAUCCCCACAGAGGAUUCGAGAAUGUUACCUACAUGCUCGAGGGAGGAUUCAGUUACCAUGACUUUUCAGGCCACAAGGGCACCAUCAACACAGGAGAUGUUCAGUGGAUGACGGCGGGGCGCGGCGUGGUGCACGCGGAGAUGCCCGGCGGCCAUGGCGUCCAGAGGGGCAUCAACCUCUGGAUCAACCUCUCCUCCAAGGACAAGAUGGUGGAGCCGAGGUACCAGGAGCUGGCGAGCCAGGACAUCCCCGCCGCCGAGCGCGACGGCGCGACCGUCAAGGUGAUCGCCGGCGAGGCCCUGGGCGCGCGCUCGCCGCUGCAGACGCGCACCCCGGCGCUCUGCCUCGACGUCGCCAUGCGGCCCGGCGCGCGCCUGCGCCAGCCCGUCCCGCCCGGCUGGAGCGCGUGCGCGUACGUCAUCGACGGCGAGGCCGUCUUCGGGGACGGCGAGGACGACGCGGCGGCGCUGGGCGCGCACACCUGCGUCGUGCUCGGCGGCGAGGCGGGUGCAGCCGCCGAUGGCGUGGCCGUGCGCACGACGGAGCGCGCCGCGGCGAGGUUCCUGCUGGUGGCGGCGCGGCCGCACGGCGAGGCCGUCGUGAGGGACGGGCCCUUCGUGAUGAACACGCGGGAGGAGGUGGAGCAGGCCAGGGAUGACUACCGGAACCGCCGCAAUGGCUUCGAGAUGGCCGCCGGCUGGAGCUCCGACUACGCGGCCACCGUGGCGGCGCACUGACGACGCUCACCCGCGGGGCGGCCGGUGAUCAUAGCAGAGGACAAAUUCUAGGGAGUUCCAUUGCAAAGUUGAUGUAUGAAACGGAGUGAUUUUCGACGAUGUCACAUCGUGUGAAAGGCCGUAAAUAACCUUGGCAUCCCAUAUGUUCGCUUCUAUUUAUGUUUAUAAACCAAAAUUUAAAUUUUAAAUUUAAGUUAUAUUUAGAGUUUUU